AUGAACCUCAAAGAUAUUACCGAUCCGUCAGAUUUCAAAACUACAAAAUUGCCUGCAUUAGCUGAGCUAGAUAUUUUAAAGAGAUGUUAUAUAUGCAAAGAUCUAUUGAAUGCUCCGGUGAGAACACAAUGUGAUCACACGUAUUGUUCACAAUGCAUACGAGAAUACCUCCUUCGAGAUAACAGAUGUCCGCUUUGUAAAACAGAAGUUUUUGAGAGUGGACUAAAGCGUGAUCCAUUGUUAGAAGAAAUUGUCAUUAGUUAUGCCUCGCUUAGACCUUAUCUAUUACGAUUAUUGGAGAUUGAGAAGGUGGAGAAGCAGGUAAAAGACUGUGGAGAAUCAGCCAAUAACUCAACGGUGAAUGGUAAGAAAACUAUAAACAACGAUGUUGACGAAACUGUGCGCGUUAGGUAUCAACUGAUUGCAGAUGAACAAGGGCAAGCUCAAGAUGAGACACAAGUCAAUGGACAGACUACCGAAGUCAUUCUGCUACUUUCUGAUGAUGAAGAUAACAGUUCUGAUAACCUAGUAAAAUGUCCUGUUUGUUUUGAAAGAAUGGAGUUGGAUGUACUACAGGGAAAGCAUAUUGACGACUGUCUAAGUGGAAAGAGCACGAAGAGAACACCUACAGACAUCUUAUCCCCAAAAGCCAAACGACCGAAACAAAUUACUUCCUUUUUUAAGCCAACAAUAGACACUAAAACACCUUCCCCACCUGCUAGUAAGGUAUCAACUCCAACAACAACAACGUUGAAAACAAACAAUACAUCACCAUCCCUAGUGGUGCAAAGUACAGCUCACAAGGGCAAACCAUUACCUAAACUCGAUUUUAGCAGUUUGAGUACUCAAAAAAUUAAAGCCAAAUUGAGUGAUUUGAAAUUGCCCACAAUAGGUAGUAGGAGUGAACUAGAAGCCAGGUAUUUACAUUACUACGUGAUUUAUAAUGCCAACCUUGAUUCCAAUCAUCCUGUAAAGGAAUCUGCUUUGCGUCAACAGUUGAAGCAAUGGGAAAUGGUCCAGCACCAACCGUCAUUUGGUGAUGCAGAAUGGAAAGGGGCUGAAACUGGUAACUGGAAAGAACUCAUUGCAAGGGCACGUAGUAACUGA